GUGGGUAUGCAGAUGGUGCCCUUUCUGCAAAGGAGACCGUGCUUGCUGCGUAUCUACGUGGAAAAUGUGUCAAAGAGGGAAACUUGGACCAUGGGAGCAUGGCUGCUGUUGGUCUGACGUGGGAAGAAGUGAAUGCACGUUGUCCAGAAGGAGUAGUUGCCGCUUGUCACAAUUCCGAAGACUCUGUCACCAUAUCAGGUCCCAAAGAUAAAGUCGCAGCGUUUGUAGCAGAAUUGAAGGCAGAAAAUGUGUUUGCACGAGAAGUUAACAGCUCUGGAAUUGCCUUCCAUUCUCCAUAUAUGUCAAAAGUGGCACCUGCCUUGUCACAGGCACUUAAAAAGAUUUUAAAAACUCCCGUUAGAAGAAGUAAGAAAUGGGUGAGUUCAUCUAUCCCGGAAGAUCAAUGGGGCGCAGAAUUAGCUGCUCAUGCUUCGCCUGAAUAUUUCGUGCACAAUCUCACAAGUCCAGUUUUGUUCCAUGAAGCCUCAAAACAUGUCCCCCAAAACGCCAUAACUAUCGAGAUUGCGCCCCAUUGUCUGCUACAAGCAAUCCUGAAGAGAUCGCUGUCCCCAGAUUGUGUCAAUGUGGGACUCAUGAAAAGGAAACAUGAUGAUAACAUCCAGUUUAUGUUUACAUCAUUAGGGAGGUGCUAUUUGAAUGGUGUUAACAUUGACCCGCUGAAAAUGCUACCAGAGGUGACAUUCCCGGUGUCCUGCAAGACUCCUAUGAUUGCUCCCUUAGUAUCCUGGAACCACUCACAGUCCUGGGCGGUACCAAAGGCAGACGAUUUUCUGCUGUGCAAUAACAAAUCAGGAGGUUUCAGUUUUGAAUUUGAUAUGACACCUGAUUCCGCGGACCGCCAUAUUCUUGAUCACGUGAUUGACGGCAGGGCCCUCUUUCCAGGAACGGGUUACCUAUUUCUUGCAUGGAAGGCUUUGGCUAAACUGGAACAGAAGUCUUUAGAAGACUUCAAAGUCGAGUUCAACAAUCUGAGUAUACAACGCGCAACCAUUCUACCAACUAGUGGGACAGUAACAUUUGAGGUAGUACUGAUGCCGGGUACAGGUCAUUUUGAGGUCUACAACAGUGGCGCUCUAGCUGCGAGUGGUGCUAUUCGAGUCAAAGAAGGUGAUGAGGACAUAUCCUACAAUUCACCCAUGACUGAAUCUGAGUUGAACAUGAAUAAGGAGGAUGUGUACAAAGAACUGAGACUGAGGGGAUAUGAAUAUGGACCAGAGUUUCAAGGGAUUCUGAGUAGCAAUAUCGAAGGCACACAAGGUGAAUUACAAUGGAAGAAUGAAUGGAUUUCUUUCUUAGACACGAUGCUCCAAAUGUCAGUGUUAAGCUUGCAGACACGGUUUUUGCAGCUCCCAACGCGGAUCAACUCUUUGACGAUCGACCCAAAGAAACACAUUGACUCGAUUGCGAAGUCCACAGCACAAAUUAUCCCAGUACAUGUUUACAAAAAUACAGAUACAUGUGUGUCUGGUGGGGUUGAGAUUCUUGGCUUGCACGUGUCCCUAGCUCCACGAAGACCACCGACCCACUCAAAUCCAAUCUUAGAAGAAUACAGAUUUGUGCCUAAUGUUAGGAAGGAUAGAUAUAAGAAUGACGAAGAUCUACGACAAUAUCAUGCUCUAUGUUGCGAUUAUAUCGAUCAACAAGUGAGAAAUUCUUUGAACAUGUCAGAUCUCAAUUUUUCGAACAACGCAUAUUUCAAGGAAUACAUAUUGAAUGGUGUGAGAAACAAGGUUGACGAGGAAACACUUUCUAAGGCUCUGAGUGAUUCUGAAAAUGUAUGGAUAGCUUUUUUGAAAGAAAGCUUUGAACUCAUAAGGAAUGGUGCCCAAGUGGAUGUCGAGAAAGCAAUAGAACAUUCAAACCUGGUUAAUGAUAAACUGUUUCAAACUAUCCUAAGUGACGGCUCAUUGGCAGCAUUGAUCGGAAUUGUUCUUGAAAAUACGAGGUCGACAAAAUUGAAGAUUGGUGAAGUGAAAACUGCUGGUUUUGAUAUACUGUCGAGGGUACAAGAUUUCCUCAAAAGUCAGCCAAACACUCACUUUGAAUCCACUGUUCUGUAUCGGGAUUCAAAAUCGAUCGACAAAGACUAUUACAAGAAACAUGGCCUGAAACUUGCCAAGUACGACAUGAACAGCAAAGAACCGCUGAAAGAAGUCGUGAAUCUACUUAUAGCCUCUAAUCAGGUUCUUGGACAAAAUGAUGCCGAUAAAGCUCUCGAGAAACUCAAAGAAGCUAUCACAGACGACGGUUUUAUAUUAAUGACAGAACCUCUUGGUGACACCACAAUGGGUAAAGUGCUACAUGGACUUUCUAACUGUACCUCUUCCGAUAAAUUGGGCAAACCACUUUGUAAGACCCUAUCUGAUUGGAUGUCGACAAUGCAACGCGUAGGACUACAUAUAGUGAGCCUUGUAACAGAUGGGCUGUGUAGCGGAACAUUCCUCCUCAGAAAAGAGUCCACACAAUCCCUGAAAUCACAAACAAUCCAAAUAGAUGCAUCCAAUUUUAGUUGGGUAGAUCAAGUUAAAGACUCUUUGAAUGGUCUUAAUCAAAAUAACUCAGCUGACAUUGAGCGACUGUGGUUAAUCGGCGAUGGGGAGCCAAGCAGUGGCAUAAUAGGUCUAGUGAACUGUCUGAAGCAGGAAUUAGGAGGCGAACGAAUAAGAUGUGUAUUUAAUGCAGACAACAGCGAUGUCGGUACGUCGAGCGAACAAAAGGCUGAAGUAGUCGAGAAGAUCAUGAAAAAUGACCUUCUGAUGAAUGUUCAUAAGGACGGGGAGUGGGGAACGUUCAGACACAUACCCCUUCGAAGAGAAACCAAGGACAAUUCAGUUGUGACGGAGCAUGCGUUUGUUAAUGUCGUCCAUCGUGGUGAUCUUUCAAGUCUCACUUGGAUCAAUUCCCCGUCUACGGUAUUAACGCCCAACUCAGACAUUCAACGGUGCAAAGUAAGUUAUGCAUCACUGAAUUUCAGAGAUGUUAUGCUUGCAAGUGGAAAACUUGCUGCCGAUGCAAUCCCCAAUGGACUUAAAAUGGCUGACUGUAAUCUCGGAAUGGAAUUCUCUGGGAUUGAUGAAAAGAGCAGACGAGUCAUGGGUCUUGUGCCGUCAAAGGGUCUUGCAACAACAAUUGAUGCCCCGAAUAGGUUCCUCUGGGGAGUCCCAGACAGCUGGUCAUUGGAGGAGGCGGCAUCUGUCCCUCUUGUAUAUGCAACGGCCUACUAUGCGCUUGUUGUGAGGGGUAGAAUACGUAGAGGGGAUACGGUACUCAUCCAUUCAGGCAGCGGUGGGGUCGGGCAGUCAGCAAUAUCAGUUGCACUGCACUAUGGCUGCAAAGUUUACACGACAGUUGGCUCGCUGGAAAAGAGGAAAUAUCUCAUGGAAAGGUUUCCAGAUCUCAAUGAGCAAAGUUUUAGCAAUUCAAGAGACCUAAGCUUUGAAAGUCAUAUCAUGAAUUCAACUAAAGGAAGAGGUGUUGACGUGGUCCUCAAUUCCCUUGCUGAGGAGAAGCUUCAUGCAAGCCUAAGACUUCUUGCGCCCCAUGGUCGGUUUCUCGAAAUAGGAAAGUUUGAUCUUUCGAACAAUGCAAAUCUUGGCAUGGGUUUAUUUCUGAAAAAUAUAAGCUUCCAUGGCAUUCUAGUGGACUCUCUUUUUGACCCUGGAAAUAGAGACUGGCUGGAUACGUAUACUUUAGUUGAACAAGGAAUCAAAGAAGGCGUUGUGAAACCAUUGAACACGACUGUAUUUGCUAGGACCGAUGUUGAGAAUGCAUUCCGAUUCAUGGGCCAGGGAAAGCAUAUUGGCAAAGUUGUCAUCAAAGUAAGAGAACCCGAUCAAGUCAACGAAUCGAUUAUGGUCCAAGCUUUACGUCGAGCUGCAUGCGAUCCGGACAAAAGUUAUAUUAUAACUGGAGGUCUAGGAGGAUUUGGUCUAGAAUUAGCACAAUGGCUUGUAGAGAGAGGGGCAAAGAAGUUAGUCUUGACAUCAAGAUCAGGUGUCCAGAAUGGAUACCAACACAGAUGCAUUGCUAUCUGGAGGGAGCAUGGUGUUAAGGUGGUUACAUCUCAAAUUAACAUCACCAGCGAAACGAAUGCUCGGAGGUUAAUAGAGGUUGCGAAUGAACUUGGACCAGUGGGGGCUGUGUUCCACCUGGCCAUGGUUCUAAAAGAUGGGUUGAUGGAAAACCAGAAUGAAGAAAUGUUCAAAAUCGUUUGUAACACAAAAGCUCAAUCUUGUAUCUAUAUGGACAUGGCUACACGCCUACACUGUCGAGAAUCUCUUCAUUGGUUUGUUGCGUUCUCUUCCGUAAGCUGUGGACGGGGCAACCCUGGGCAAGCCAACUAUGGGUAUGCUAAUUCCACCAUGGAAAGAGUCUGUGAGCAACGCCAAAAGGAUGGCCUUCCAGGUUUAGCGAUUCAGUGGGGUGCAAUAGGUGAUGUAGGCGUUGUGAUUAAAACAAUGGGUGGAAACGACACGAUUGUUGGUGGAACACUUCCUCAGAGAUUACACUCAUGUCUCUCAACAAUAGACACAUUUCUCUCUCAGGAUUGCCCCGUUGUCUCCAGUGUAGUCCUUCCAGAGCGCUUUGAGGGUGAGAGAAACAAGAAAGGAUCCAAGAGCAGUAUCGCAGAUAUGGUUGCCCAUAUUCUUGGGAUUAAGGAUAUCUCAUCGGUUAGCCCCACAAUAACACUGGCUGAUAUAGGUUUGGACUCUCUGAUGGGAGUUGAGGUGAAACAGGCUCUUGAAAGAGAGUACGACCUGGUCCUCUCGAUGAGGGAAAUUAGACUGCUAACCAUGGAAUCACUUCUAGCAAUGGCUGAGAAUGAUUGUCAACCCGCUGAUGAAUCUACCAAUGAAACAAAUUCAAUAACUUUGAAGAAUAAUGUAGAUGAGAGAUAUGACCUUCAACAUAUCAUGCCCAAUGUCACACUCCUGAAACUUAACAAUGUUGACAAUGGAAAAAGCCCAGUCUUCAUAGUUCAUCCCAUUGAAGGUGUUGUUAAGUGUUUAAGAAGUCUGGCGUCUCACAUGGACCGCCCCGUAUACGGCCUCCAAUGCACGCUGGAGGCCCCCAUUGACUCUGUAAAUAGCUUAGCUGCAUUCUACAACCAGAACAUCAAAACUAUUCAAAGUGAAGGACACUACAAUAUUGCAGGAUACUCUUUCGGUGCCUGCAUUGCUUUCGAGAUGGGACUACAACUUGAACGCGAAUGUUGUUUGGACACACUGGUUCUACUUGAUGGUUCGCAUUCAUAUGUUGCAGAAAGAACGCAGGCUUAUAAAGAGACGCUCACAUCAAAAACACCCUCUGAUAUAGAACGCCUCUACCUUUGUAUAUUCACCAUGCAUCUUUUGACACUUGAUUACACAACGCUUGAAAAGGAGCUUCAACUCUGUGAGGAUACUUUAGAGAGUCGUUUGGAAGUUGUUGUCGAUAAACUUCUAUCAACUAAUGCAUUUUCUGAUAAGGACGAUCUUAAAUUAAUUGGGAAAUUCUUCUGUCAGAAACUGCAAAUUUCAGAUGAUUACAAACCAAGUGCCAAGUUUGGUGGGUCGUUGAAACUCAUUAAGGCUACGAAAGCCAUCGAGUCUUUUGAAGCAGAUUAUGGCCUUGCAAAGGUUUGCCACCAACUACCCGUUAAAGUGGAGGUGGAGGGCGAUCACGAAUCAUUCAUCCAGGGAGAAAGUGCUAAGGAAGUCGCUAGGAUACUAAUGGACGCUUUCUCAAAUUAAAUAGAUUUCUAAAAUCCAAAACAAGGUAUAACCUUAGAAACAUCGUAUGCAUAGAACUGGAUACAAAAACGUGUACUUAAUAAUGUAGAUGAAUAAGAAUUCAUUUGCUUAAAUUAUAUUCAAUAAAACCAAUAUUUGGACACAUACCAAUGGUGCGUGUGCUGUAGAACAACCUGCUAAUGACAAUUUAUUACAAAUGUGAAUAUGAGUUAUUAGCGCCAUAAAUACAGGCGUUCACUGUAUGUAGUUAGUAAAUAA